AUGUCGGACUUCAAGCAAAGGGUCAGCACUAUUGUCGGAUCGAUAAGGAUCAACCAUUCUAGAGUACGGGUUGAGACAGCCAGAGAGAUGGAAAGACAGCGCCGAAUCGACGCUCUCGCGGACAUGUAUGAUACUAUCGAAGAUAUGCGCGGUGCUUAUACCGAGGACAACAUUCUCGACGAUCUUGGAAUCAAAGUCGAAAAGCUGAAUGUGACUGGUGAUAGUGGCGCUGUAUCAGGCACACAGUCAUUCUUCGAGCCGCUAUACCAGAGUACUCUUGACGAAAACAAACUUGCUAGCGAUAAGGAGACUAUAGCCGACCGUGAUUGCGGACUAAUCCAAGUUAUGAACCGUACUGAUAUUGAUACUGCGGAUUGUCUUGGUUGUGAAUUGGCAUUCCGAGCUACGUAUUUACCGAGGUCUGGGCCGCUAAAAGAGAGGAAUACAGAAAGAACACGAUAUGCUGGUCUUUCUGGGCUCAGAAAAUGGCGUAUAAGAGAUGGUCUUAGUAAGUGUAUGCUAGAUGCAGCAUUCCACUACCAGACCUUUUAUUCAGAGCACCCACGAUACUCUCCCGUACAUGCUUGGGAAUUCAAAAAUCGAGAAGAAAAGCCACAUCUUAUGCUUUCUUUGAAACACGGUAUCGCCCAUGAAGAUAAAAUUCUUAGGGGAGAGCUUCUCACAAUCCUGGCAAUAAUGCAAAGUCGAAUGCCAUGGCCUAUGUUCAAGGACCAUGUGAUUGUUCCAAUUAUGCUCUUUUCCUUUAUUGGACAUAGCGGCAGAAUAAUUCAAGCUCACUAUAAUGGCCAUACCCUCGUCCUUUGCAAGAGUAAUAUCUUCAGGUUUCUCAACGGAAGAACAGCAGUUUAUAAUAUGGAUCACUUUGUCCGCUACGUUGCAAGUGCCCCAGAGGGAGAUACUCGAUCGCCAUCUCAUGCAACCACUGCUGAACAAGCCCGUGGCCCCGACGGUGCGACUGCCUCCCCAAGCUCUUUGCCUAUUCGGCCCAAGGAUGCAGCUUAUAGGUCAUCAAUGGGUUUUGGUAGACGAAAAUCAUUGAUGGGAGUAUUUUCCCGUCGACGUGCUAGUUCACAGGAGAAUAUCGACCCUUCGGAGUCCUCUAGUUAA